AUGUAUUCGAAGGAAGUAAACAUAAAUUUUACUUAAAGGAGUCUUAGAUAUUUAGUGCAUCCCCAAGGAACAAAACAGAAAGAUUAGCCAGCUCAUAAGUAGUUGCUUUGAGAUCAAUAUAAAAAGCUAUUAAGUAUGAGAUGAUGAUCAUUACAGAAAAUAGGACUUGAGUGUGAUUUUAGGUUCUCUGAAUAAUUAUAAUGGAUCGCCAUCAUAAUAAAACGAAAGUGUAAAAUUCUAUAAGAAAACCUAGUUUUAACUGUUUUAGAUGGAAGAGCGAGAAGUCCAUUCGAAAUUAGGUGAAUUAAGGAGAGAAUAUGAUGCAUAUCAUACGCAAUCCUUAAGAACUGAUAAAGAAAUUUAACAAUUCAAAGUGAAAUACUAUCAUUUACAUCUAGGAUUUAAUCUAAUAGUUGAGUUUGGAGGAAGCAGAACUUAUCAACAAUGCAACUGAUUUAAAUAAGGAAUUGGAGUCGUCAAAAAGUGAUUACAUACUGUCGAAAUAAAGAUUUGAAGAAAGUUAAAUGAGUGAGAAAUCUUAUAAUCAUGUAAUAAGUAGAUUAAAACAUGACAUUCUAUGUUUCAAGAAAAAACUAAACGAAAUGGCAGAGAUGCUUCACAGAGUUAAAGCUGAGGCCUAAUAAGCUGAUGCAAAAUAAUGGGAGUCUAUCUAACUUAAUUAAAUGACAAGGAAGUUAUGUGAUGAAAUGAUGAAUGUAUUUUGUAUUAAACGAGUAUUAGAAUAUCGAAAUCGAAAAAAACAAUAGGAAAAGAUAAAUCGCUUAGUAUAAUUAACAAAUAAAAGUACAAUUGGCUGCUAAGGAAAAAAGAAAUGAAAGAAUGAUGAAAUAAAGAGAGAUUGCUGAACAUGCAAGCAAUGACAAGGGUGCAAAUGAAGUUAAUUUUAUAUACACAAUGUAUUUUAGAAAAAAUGGAGAAAACUGUUGCUGACUCACAAGGUUGUACAUUCCCUUCUAAAGAAUAAAAUGGAAAAAGAAAUGAAAAAAUUUUAAAUUGUUGAAGGAGCAUUCCAAGAAAUAAAAACAGCCACUGGAAUCUAAGAAGCAUAAGAAAUAGUUCAAAAGUUUUUAACUAAAGAAUCAACUUAUGGUUAAUUACUAGGUAAGGCUAUUCAAGUUAAUUAUUAGGUACUAUUGCUGCAAGUGAAAAAAAGAUUGAAAGUUUGAAAAAGGAGAAUGAAAAUUAGAAGUAUUUUUAUAUCUCACCUUAGAACUAUGUUGCAACAAUUGAAAGAUGAAGUCUAAGUUAUGGAAAUGAGUGCUAAACCCUCUAAAAAGGGAGUAGAUUCUGAAUUUUACAAAUAAUUCUAUAGUGUUGAUGAAAAAGCCAAAAAAGCAGAAAUCAUGAAAUAGAAACUCUACACUUGGAGUAUUAAGAUGUUAUCCAAAUUGGAAAAAUCUAAACUAUCGUAUGAAGACGAUAGAACCAAUUUAUACACCAUAUAUCCAAGAGGCAAAGAUGUAGAAUUAUUUGAACAUUUACAAAAAAUUAUAACGGAAGACAUCGAUUCCACUUAACCAGAAGUUAAUUGUUAAUUCUAUUUUAUAGGAAAUAUUGUAAGUUUUGGGAGAAGUUAAUAGAUCUUAAAUUAGAAAUGAUACUUUAAAUGAAGAAUAUCUAAAAAAGAAUGUUAGGGUCAAGUACAAAAAACCAACAUAGAGAGAAAAUCUAAAAAAAACUAAGUCUAUGGAUUCUAAAGCUGAUUUAAGUAACAGAAGUUAUAGUCAAUUUGGUUAAUCAAGUGAAUCUAGUCCUGAGUAAUCAUUUUAUGAAUCUGAAUCAGAUGGCAAUACAAUUGAUGAAAAUAGCGAAAAAAAUCAUUUUAAUUAACUAAUCGAUGAGGCCAAAUAGAUCAAAAAGCCAAAGAAAAAGGAUGAAGGUUCUUUUGGGAAAAUGUGA